AUGAAACGGGCUGUGCAUGACAAAGAUGAGCAGAAGGAGUGUGUGCGAGCUGAUGGAAGCCUGUCCACCAAACAGAUUGUAUUCCUGCAGAGACCCAUCUUGGACCGAAAGAGGAGGGAAUCCAAGAAAUUGAUCUUCAAGCCCCGCAGUAAGUCCAACAAGAACUGCAUCAAAGAUACCUCAAAGAACAAGAAGAAGAAAAAAACAAAAAAUGAGAAGGAUGUAGAGGAUCCUAAGAUUCUUGACGACAAAGACAUGGCUGAGAAAGAGGAAGACAAGAAUAUGGAUGAAAGGGUGAACGCAACAGAUGUAGAGACAAGAGAAAGUGAGACAUCGAAAGAAAGGGAGGUGAGGUGUGAUGAAGAUAGAAAGAUUGAUGAUGGGAUUGAAAUCAGCAUAGAGGCGGUAGAAAAAAAAAAUGAAGGAGCAGAGGCUAAAGACAAAGGAGUAGAAAACGGCACUGAAGAAGAGGGAGAAGAAAAGAUAGCACUGGACGGAGAGGGAUCACAAGACAACGGAGAGCCUUUAGAAAACGGUGAGGACCCGGAAGUGACGGAAAUCAUCGCAACUGUCGAAACACAGACCAAGACCAAAGAGAAGGAGGACGAAGGCGUAGCAGAAGUUGAAGCAGUGAUUGAAAAUGGGGUCGAGACGGAUGGGGAGAAAGAUGAGGGUGAAGAGAACGCAAUCAAAGGCAAGACAGAAGAACCAGCAGGCUUGGAGGUCAAGGAGAUUGUGGCAAAUUUAGUGGCCACACCAACUAAUCAAAGCCCAGAGGACACUCAAGAGUAGUAGUCCCAAGUUGUCCAAGUCAAGGUUUUUCCCUGCCCUACCUCUCAAAUUCCCCAUCUUAAAAACUGGUUCACAGUGUUGUCCCUGGUCAAAAUUAAAGGGGGCUUCGAUCCCUAGCGCUGCAGCAUUCUCCAAACCUACCAUCCUUCAUAGACAAUUCCCCCUCCGCAAUAUAGAUACAGAACAAUUUCGUGUAACUGCAGACAUCAUCCCUACUGUAUAACCACACAUACUGAAUGUAUAUAUCCAAAAUAGGAGAUGUUGGUGCAGGAUAGUCAAUGUGGAGACACUGGAACGACUUGAUGAGGAGCAACAGGGAGUUGAAUAGAAUGAUGCCUUGAUCAGAUUGGGCGUGUAUUUCCUUUACUUUAAGGUGGGAUAUGCAAUUCUGGAGAGAUCCACUAUCAUGACAAAUAUCAUGAUAUAGAGUGAGCAACGAAAAAGUAAUGUAACUAACAUUAGCUAGGUGGGUUAGCAAACUGUCACUACAGUUGCUUCUGCCAUGCUAACAUGCAGAGAGGACGAGACAGUUUCCCAGAGCCAGCACAUCAGCUCCAGACAGCGAUACCCACAACUACAACAACCUAUCUUGGCAAACUAAUAAGUAUGCUGGAUGUCCGUGGGCAAGUAAUUUAACGUUAAUGGAAUAGCGUUAUGUGGCUUGGUCCUGGCCACUUUGUUUGUAUUCCAUUUACAGAGCCACGGCUGUGUACAAACAGAACAGACAGCUUGCGGACCGUGAGGUGACAUUCACUGAAUUUGACACAAAAAGAAAAUGUGUAUUGGAUUAAAAUCGCAUACCCCACCUUUAAGGAGAAUGAGAAACAGUUUAAAGGCCUGGUCACAACAAACAUCUGAAAUGGUGAAAUUUUAAAGCAAAAUAUAUUUUCUUUUUAAUGGUUUUGCAAAGAUUAGCAGGUUAGCAUUUGGGGAAGUUUGACCCACAAAUUUGCACCAUUGACCAACAGCAAGCCAUCUUGAUUGUUUUAAACGUUCAGGGAACAGAGACUCAGAGAGUUAAAAUGAAAAAAACUAUCAUUAGCCGUCAACAUUUUAUAAUGUGCAUUUUGAAGUAUCACAUUAGAAAAACAGCAAAAAAAAUAAAUCCUUAAUUUUGCAAAAAAGUUUUUACACUCGUUUGAGGUAGUUUUUGCCUUUGCCGAAAAAGAGUUAAUGCGCUAAAUGAGAGAUGGAAACACUUUUUUUUCUGACGUAGGGAACUUGUAACUCAAGUCUGAUCAGCUGUUUCUGCUGUCGGCGUCUUGCCUGGUUGCGCAGAGUUCUGCAUGAAUGCCCAGAAUUUCAUGCACCUCACGGCUGGUAACGCUGAUUUUUGCUGAGAGGUGGAUGCAAAUCUCGGCAGGUAGCCUUCAUCAUCUGUUCUGCCGUAUUAUGCAUCCACCUCUAAACCAUCCUUUUUAUGUCCUUUGCUCUGCACACUGAUCAAACAGGGUUAUCACCGCAUAUUUUUGCUGUAUCUCAGUGAAGGCUACUUCUACUGAGUAGAAUAAAAUAUUAAGGACUCUAAACGCUCAUAAAAUAUAUACUUCGAAUCAUUUAUUACCAUUGAUGAACUCCACAAA